AAAAAAGAAGAAAAAAAAGAGUAGAUCUGAGACGCUUUUGCGGUAUUUAAGGAGAUAGAAGCCUCCCAUUUCUCCAGGGAAAAGAACAUUCAGCAUUUUCUGUUCAGAUUCUUCAAGUUCUUCUUCCCUUUCCCGUUCCCAUACGAGAAAGGUCAACAGCGGAAGAAGUUUUUGUCAUUUUAUCACUCUUCCUUGGUGAGUAGAACCUACGGACACUUUGGUUAGGUCCAAAACCAUGGUGAAGAUCUGCUGCAUUGGAGCUGGCUAUGUCGGGGGUCCAACCAUGGCCGUCAUUGCCCUUAAGUGCCCAUCAAUUGAGGUUGUUGUUGUGGACAUCUCUGUUGCUCGCAUCAAUGCGUGGAACAGUGACCAGCUCCCUAUCUAUGAGCCGGGCUUGGAUGAUGUGGUGAAGCAAUGCAGGGGAAGAAACCUUUUCUUCAGCACCGAGGUAGAGAAGCAUGUAUUUGAGGCUGAUAUUAUCUUUGUCUCCGUCAACACACCAACAAAGACCCGCGGCCUGGGCGCCGGCAAGGCAGCUGAUCUUACCUACUGGGAGAGCGCAGCCCGCAUGAUCGCCGAUGUCUCCAAAUCUGAUAAGAUUGUGGUUGAGAAAUCCACAGUCCCUGUCAAGACUGCUGAGGCCAUUGAGAAGAUCUUGACCCACAACAGCAAGGGAAUCAACUAUCAAAUCCUAUCAAACCCAGAGUUUCUCGCCGAAGGCACAGCAAUACAAGAUCUUUUCAAUCCCGACCGCGUUCUUAUCGGCGGCCGCGAGACCCCUGAGGGCCAAAAGGCUGUGCAAGCUUUGAAGGAUGUGUAUACCCAGUGGGUGCCAGAGGAUCGGGUUCUCACCACAAAUCUAUGGUCAGCUGAGUUGUCAAAGCUCGCUGCCAAUGCUUUCUUAGCUCAGAGGAUUUCUUCUGUUAAUGCCAUUUCUGCUCUAUGUGAGGCCACUGGUGCCAACAUCACAGAGGUGGCUUAUUCAGUUGGGAUGGACUCAAGAAUCGGCCCCAAGUUCCUGAACGCCAGUGUUGGAUUUGGUGGCUCCUGCUUUCAAAAGGAUAUCCUGAAUCUUGUCUACAUCUGUGAAUGUAAUGGUCUGCCUGAGGUUGCCAAUUACUGGAAGCAGGUCAUUAAGAUCAACGAUUACCAGAAGAGCAGAUUCGUGAAUCGUGUGGUCUCAUCAAUGUUCAAUACCGUUUCUGGAAAGAAAAUUGCGGUGCUUGGUUUUGCAUUCAAGAAAGACACCGGCGAUACUCGGGAGACGCCAGCGAUUGAUGUCUGCAAGGGCUUGCUAGGAGAUAAGGCCUCCAUCAGCAUCUAUGAUCCACAGGUUACAGAGGAUCAGAUCCAGCGCGAUCUCGCCAUGAACAAGUUUGACUGGGAUCACCCAAUUCACCUCCAGCCGAUGAGCCCAACCGCAGUCAAACAAGUCGCCGUCGCCUGGGAUGCCUAUGAAGCCACCAAAGGUGCCCAUGGAAUCUGUAUCUUGACUGAAUGGGAUGAGUUCAAGGCAUUGGAUUAUCAAAGGAUUUAUGACAACAUGCAGAAGCCAGCAUUUUUGUUCGACGGACGCAACGUGGUCGAUGCGGAGAAGCUGAGGGAGAUCGGCUUCAUCGUAUACGCAAUUGGUAAGCCUCUAGAUCCUUGGCUCAAGGACAUGCCUGCUGUGGCCUAAGAGAGAUGGAAUACAUAGCUGACAAUUUGCAAUAAUUCUUUAAAAGCAUUGUUCGUUCGUUGCCUCCUCUAUAUCCUUUUCAAUUUUUCGCUACAUAGAAAGGUAGGCUGUCAUGUGUUCUUUGCCUUCCGUUCUUAUUAUACUUUUGUAUGGGAUGUUAUCAGUUUGUUUUCAGAGAGAUGAAAUUUCAUAUUUUGUUAGUUAGUA